AUGGCGGCGUCCAUAGCGUCAACAAAAUGUGUUGCAAUGCAUGCUUUGAUAAAUCUCGUAUUUUAUAACGGUAAUACAACAAAUUUUAAGAUGCAUAUUGAGAGUGAACAUUCACUUCCUAAAGAUCACAACUCUUCCAGGGUCAGGUCAAGUACAUCAGGUGUCAAGCCAGGUACAUUUGAAACAGUCAUUGAACAUAAACAGCUAACACUCCCAUGUCUUUUGGGAAAUACCAAGUCUCCUAAACUUGGCAUGGAAAGAAAGCAAAACAUUGAUCAAGCAUUGAUGAAACUGGUAGUUGGAAAAGUCCUUCCUCCUAGUUUGGUUGAAAAUCAGUAUUUCACAGACUUCACUAAAAAUCUUGAACCUAGAUACAAACCUCCAUCACGCAAAACGCUUAUGCAAUCAGCCAAAAAAGAAGACAUUGAACAACAAAUUAGAAAUGAAAUAAAACAAUGCACUGGUUUAAGUUUAACUCAUGAUGGCUGGAAAAGUUCUGCGACAGAGAGUUAUAAUACAACUACAGUACAUUAUAUUCAUAACUGGGAACUGAAAUCGGCUGUCCUGAACACUGUGAAAAUGGAGGGAUCCCAUACAUCGGAGAAAAUUUCAGAGUCGGUUCUUGAAACUAAGACUAAAUGGCAAUUGCCUGACUGUAUUGCAACAACUGACAACGCCGCCAAUGAAAAGAAAGCUUUUGCACUUUUGAAUAUGCCACGGUUCGGUUGUUACGGCCAUAGAAUUAACUUAGUAGUGAAAAACUCACUCACUGGAUCAAAUGAAGUCUCAAGGAUUUUGGGUAAGGCAAGACGAUUGGUAACUCUCUUCCAUACUUCAUCUAGUGUAAAUGACAAACUCAUCGAAAAACAGAAGCUUCUUCUAAUUAAAGGAGUAGGUCACAAACUGAUAGCAGAUGUUUCUACUAGAUGGAACUCCUCCCUGGCAAUGUUGGAAAGGAUUCUAGAGCAGCUUCCAGCUCUUAUGGCUGUUGCUACAGACGAAAGUGUAAGCAAGUCUGCGAGAACAACACUUCAGAACUGUUUAUUUACUUUUGACGAAACCCUUAUCGCUGAAAAAGUAGUGAUGCUUCUUGAACCCUUCCAGAAAGCUACCGAGGUUGUUUGUGCCGAAAAAGUGCCAACUAUUAACAAAGUCAUUCCGGUUGUCCUGAAACUUCAAAUGGGCCUGAAGGAGAAUACAGAUGAUCCAGCGAUUUUUAAAUCCUUGAAAAGGAAAAUGGCUGAACAGUUGGAAAUCAGAAGUGAAAUAGAGGACCUUGCACUUUUAGGAUGUAUACUGAGUCCCUUUACCAAAGGCUUUGAAUUUAUGCCAGAUCAGAAAACAAAAGCUGAAAGUCUUCUUAGGAAUUAUGUAUUAGUGGAAGAUCCACCUCCAGCAGUUAAAGUUAAACAAGAAAAAGAUGUGACAUCUAAUGAACUUAAACCCCCCUUACCUUCAUUACCAACUUUACCAGAAGUUCCCAUAGAAAUUCCCGUAGUUUCAUUAGUAGAACUAGAAAAAUCAACAAGUGUUGAAGCACCCCUACCAAAAAAGUUCAAAUCCGCUGAUACAGAGGACUGGUUGUCUGAUAUUGUUUGUAUUGGAGAAACAAAAAUGUCACGUGAAGAUGUACUAGAUGCAGAGUUAUCACGAUAUUUUGGGUCAAGCUUAAAAGAGGCUGAUGCAAAAUGUACUGUUUUGGAAUGGUGGAAACGAAAUGAAAUAUUUUUUCCAUGCAUUGCAGCCGUUGCUAGAAAGAUUCUUUGUGUUCAGGCAAGCAGUGUUAGCAUUGAAAGAGUUUUUUCACUUGCUGGGGAAGAGGUUUCAAAAAAGAGAAGCCGGCUUACCCCGGAUAAUGUUGACACAUUCAUAUUUUUGAAAAAAAAAUCAUGGAAAGGUUUUGGUAACUUUGAAAACAUUCUUGUAAACUAUGAAGCUUAA